CGCUCCGAUCGGUGCGGACACUCCGUGUUCCGACCUCUAGCCGCGUUUCCGCCGCGUCCUCGCCUGCACCCACCACCUACAGCGCAGCAGCCCGGCCCCAGCAUGACCGACCAGGCAGCCUUCGACACGGAUAUCGUCACCCUGACCCGCUUCGUUAUGGAGGAGGGCAGGAAGGCCCGCGGCACGGGCGAGAUGACCCAGCUGCUCAACUCGCUCUGCACUGCGGUCAAAGCCAUCUCCACGGCUGUGCGCAAGGCAGGCAUCGCGAACCUCUAUGGAAUUGCUGGCUCUACCAACGUGACGGGUGAUCAAGUGAAGAAGCUGGAUGUCCUUUCCAAUGACCUGGUCAUUAACGUGUUACAGUCAUCGUUUGCAACCUGUGUUCUUGUGUCAGAAGAAAAUAAACAAGCCAUAAUUGUAGAACCUGAGAAAAGGGGUAAAUAUGUGGUCUGUUUUGAUCCCCUUGAUGGAUCCUCCAACAUCGAUUGCCUUGUGUCCAUUGGAACCAUUUUUGGCAUCUAUAGAAAGAACUCUACUGAUGAGCCUUCUGAGAAGGAUGCUCUUCAGCCAGGCCGGAACUUGGUGGCUGCUGGCUAUGCGCUGUAUGGCAGUGCUACCAUGUUGGUUCUGGCCAUGGCAUGUGGUGUCAACUGCUUCAUGCUGGACCCGGCCAUUGGAGAGUUCAUUCUGGUGGACAAGGAUGUGAAGAUCAAAAAGAAAGGGAACAUCUACAGCCUCAAUGAGGGCUAUGCCAAGGACUUUGACCCUGUUGUCACUGAAUAUGUCCAGAGGAAGAAGUUCCCACCAGAUAACUCAGCCCCCUACGGCUCCAGGUAUGUGGGCUCCAUGGUGGCUGAUGUCCACCGUACCCUGGUCUAUGGAGGGAUCUUUCUGUAUCCAGCUAACAAGAAGAGCCCCAAAGGAAAGUUGAGACUACUCUAUGAGUGUAACCCAAUGGCCUUCAUCAUGGAGAAGGCGGGAGGAUUGGCUACAACUGGGAAGGAAGCCAUACUGGACAUCGUUCCCACUGAUAUACACCAGAGGGCGCCAGUCAUCUUAGGGUCCCCUGAAGACGUGACUGAGUUCUUGGAGAUAUAUAAGAAGCAUGCUGCCAAAUGAAGAGCUGAUUCCUACAUUUAAAAAAUAAAUAAAUAAAUAAAUAAAUACAUACAUACAUAAAUAAAUAAUCACCUUUUAUCUAGACUUUUAUUUCACAUGGCACUACCCCUUCUGACUGCAUUGUAUAUUCCUAGACAGCAGAAAUAAAAAGCACAGAUAUCUUCACCAGCAAAUGGUGUGCAAUGUCUGGUGCUGCCUAACCAAAAUGCUAUCUAUAUAGUGCCACUGAUGCUCAAGAUAUAUUUUGAAUGGGUAGAGGAGAAAUAAACAUAUUUUUCCUUUUAAAAAAUAGUCUUCAUUGCUUUGUGUCAAAUGAUAGGAAUAAUAAUAAUAACAGUUAAUGCAUAUAAUGUUAGCUAACUCAUUUAAUCUUCACAGAAGCCUUAUGAAUUAGGGUCUAUGAAUAACUUAUUUCACCAUUACAUCAUGAUGAAAUGAAGGGCAGAAAGUUGAGGUAGUCUGCCCAAGGUCUCUAGCCAAUGAGUAGCAGAGCUCAGAUAUGAAUCCAGGUGUUCUGGCCACCAAACUUGGAGU